AGCCUCCUCUUGCUCUCUUCAGUCAACCGAGGUCCAAAAGGCUUUCUUACGAUUCCGAUCUCUUUGCCCGUUGUAACGCCAUGUCUGCCCCUGCAAACCAACCGCAAACCAUCAGCCUAUCGGAUCUCGAAAUUCCUCAGUUGGCAGAAAUCCGGAAGCAACUCGAAGAGGAACUGAGCCUUCUUUCCAACUCCUUUGCUCAGCUGAAAAGCGCACAAGCAAAGUUCAGAUCUUGCGUGGAGAACGUUGCCGAAGUGAAACCACAAAAUAAAGGCAAGACCAUCCUUGUUCCUUUGACGAAUUCGCUCUAUGUUCCCGGAAAACUAUCGGACCUUGAAAAUGUCAUCGUCGAUGUUGGGACAGGCUACUAUGUAAAGAAGCCCCGAGCUCAAGCUGUGAAACAUUACGAGUCAAAAGUGGAGUACAUUGGAACGAACAUCGUUGCGUUGCAGCAAACGAUCCAGCAGAAGCAGGAUAAUUUGAAUGCGAUACUCUCUGUACUACAAAACAAGCUGCAAGCCCAAACGGCUCCAAAAGAUACCAAAUAAUGAAUGCGCUUUGUUUGAUGGUAAACUAAAUGCCGCGUUUGCACUCACCAAAUGGUAUGCGAUGUUGAGUACCUCUAUUUGAAUGCCUUGCAAGACAAGGAUCCUCCACAUUUCCCACUUUUGCUCACUCGAAUUGAUUAUGGUGGAAGGAGAAGAGAAGUAUUGGAGACAUGUAUAGGCAUAGGUACAAGGCGAGAGAAUCAUAAGCGAUUCGGCGA